CAAGUGUCCACUCCCUUCAGAGUAAAAGCUACACCCCAGUCUUUCAGGAACUUGUUGUAAGCCAGAAGUAAAAGGACUGUUAUUGGGGAUGAUGACUAAAAUUAGUUGGAUUGGAACAAUUUUGGGGAGAAACUAAGCACAGAUACAGCUUAAGAUCAAGAGAAAUGGCAACCAGAGAUUCAUCAACAUGUGACCUGAAAGUUAUCCUUCUUGGCGGCAGAAACUCUGGGAAGAGCGAAGUGGGAAAUGUGCUGCUGGACAGGGAGGAGUUUGUCAUCAAGGAGCGGACCACGUGCUCUAGGAGGGUGGGAGAGGUGGCAGGGACUGGCCUGGACACCUGCACAUGGAGCAGCAAGUCAAGAGAGGAGGCACAGCCCCCCUGUGGCUGGUGGAGAAAUGCAGUCAUAGGUAUCACUGCCUCAACAUGAAGAGUGGACCAGGUGGAAAUCAGGUCACAGAGCUGUUCAGGAAGAUGCAGAGAAUGGUGACAGAAAAUAGUGAUAGCUAUUUUAAAAUGGAGGGACUGCUUUUACAAGAGGUGGAGGAAAAGAAGAGGAUAGUGGAGCAAAGGGCUCAGCAGAGAUUGAUGAAGAUGCAGAAACAGAGAUCUCUGCUCAAUGGGGAUUCAUGUCAUCUCUCCGAUAUCAGAGUCGUGCUGCUUGGAGCUCGGGGCUCAGGGAAGAGUUCAGCAGGAAACACCAUCCUGGGUCAAGGAGGAAGCUUUCAGGUCAGAAGGAGAACAGCGCAAUGCAUGGUGGGAGCAGGGGAUGUUGCCGGGAGACAAGUCACUGUAGUGGACACUCCAGGCUGGUGGAUGAAUUACUUCUCUCAGGAUAGUCCUGUUUUUGACAGACAGGAGAUAGUGUGUAGUGUAUCUCUUUGCUCCCCUGGUCCACAUGCCCUCCUGCUGAUGGUGCGUGUGGACCGGUCCUUCACAGAGACCUACAGGAGAGCUGUGCAGGAGCACCUAGAGCUCAUCACAGACACAGUCUGGGCUCACAUCAUCGUCCUGUUCAACUUUGGGGACUGGCUGGGAGACACAACCAUCGAGCAGCACAUUGAGAGUGAGGGGGAGGCCCUCCAGUGGCUUGUGGAGAAGUGUGGCAACAGGUAUCAUGUCCUCAACAAUAGAAGCAACUCAGGAUUUCAGGUUACGGAACUGAUGAGAAAGAUUGAGGAACUGAUGUCAUGCAACAGCAGUUGUUACUGUAAGACUGAGGGUGGGAUUCUGCAGGAGUUGGAGGAGAAGAGGAGGGAAGAACAGAAAAGAGCAGGGGAGAGACUGACGAGGAGGCAGAAACAAAGAGAGACUGCCAGAUCUCUAUUAGGGGAGCUCUACUGUCCCUCAGAGCUGAGAAUAAUGCUGCUGAGUGGCCGCAACACAGGCAGGAGCUCUGCUGGAAACACCAUCCUGGGCAGAGAGCACUUUAAAGUAGGGUGCCAUGCUACUGACUGUGUGGAAGGACAAGGAAAGGUCAGGGGUAAGACUGUGACUGUUUUGGACCCACCAGACUGGCUGUCAGUGGGUCCUGGCUCCAUGAUGUCUCCCUCAGCCUCUGGGGUAACUGUGGUCCUGGUGGUUGUGAAUGUGAGCUCCUCCUUCAGCCACACUGUCUGGAGAACAGCAGAAAAACACCUGGAGGCGCUCGGAGAGAAAGUAUGGAAUAGAACCAUGGUCCUAUUCACCUUUGGGGACUGGCUGGGGGACACAACCAUCGAGCAGCGCAUUGAGAGUGAGGGAGAGCCCCUCCAGAGGCUUGUUGAGAAGUGUGGCAACAGAUACCACGUGUUGGACAGUAAGAACCAGGGGACUGGUGCACAGGUCACUGACCUGCUACAGAAGAUAGAGGAGAUGCUGGUGGAGGAGAGGUUGGAGGUUCUACAGAGAAGAGAACAGGUUGGGAAGAGUCUCACAGUGAUGCAUGAGCCAGAGAUGGAUGGAGUGAUGGGAGAGGGCAGAGAGGUCCUUGUAGCAAACCACACAGAUGCUCCCUUUCAUGAUGCGUGUGAGGUGGCUAGUUCAGAGGACCUUCUAACCCCAGAUGACUCAGGAGCCCCAGACUUUGGUGUACAGGAGUUGGCACUACCAGAGGCCAGUGGAGGAUGGUGGACUGAAGCAAAUCACUCCAUCCUGGAUGUGGAGGGGUUUCUGUCCAGCAUGGCCAGUGUGCUUCAGGGGAAUCAGGAGGGGCUGAUGUGGAACAUGGGGGGCAGGCAGACACUAGUGGUGAACCUCCCAGACUGUCUCCACGCUGGACCUACUCAGAGCCAUCAUCUGAGAUGGAAUGGACAGAAUGGUAGAAAACCGGUCACCCUGUUCUCUCCAGGACACCAAGCUCUCCUCCUGGUCCAGCAACCCAAAGAACCAGAAAGAAUGCUGGUGAAGAACCAGGAAGACAUAGUGGAUAUACAGUCCCUUGGACACCCCAGGCUGAGGGACAGGACCCUCAAGGAGAUUGCCAGAACAGGAGGCCUGCAGGCCUUGAUUGACCAAUGGGGGAACAGUAAUUUGGAGGAGCUUGAAGCCUUCAUUGACUCCUAUUUUGAAAUGGUGUGGAAGAAAACCAUGGGGUCUUUCAUAGUAGAGGAGGAGGACUGUCUCACCAGCAACAGGCCAGAGCUGAAUGAUGUUGGGGAGGAUCUUAUAAAUAAUGGUGACCAGGAGGUGCUGUCAUCCAUUGACAAGAAGCUGUCUAAGCUGGACCUCCUGGAAGGCAUGCAGAGAGACUUGCUGGACCUCAGACAGAGUCUGGAUCGCAGCUGUGACAUCAUACAGGAACUCAGUGACAAAAGUAAAGCAACACAGAAGCCUGCUGUUCCCUCUGAUGCAGGGGAGGCAGAAGUGGAGGAAAGUUGCUAGAGGAGAGAUGCUCAACAAUAACAUAAAUGAUAAGUUAUAGAUUGGUUUGUUUCAUCUAAAUAUGCCCUAACAUCAUUGUUCAGGUAACAACUAAUUAACAGUAUUGAUUUAUUGAUGGAGUUAAUGCUAAUGGCGAGGCAGUAUAUUAACUUCAUGAUGUUUCCACAAGGGGGAGCCCUCUGACAAGCAAUUGUGGGGGGUUGGUCUCCUGCAUAGGUUACUGUAUCUAUUCACUACAUGAAAUAUUUCACUCCAUUAUUAUGCAAGAUACCAGUCAUUUUAAAUCAGUUAUUGUUGAUCAUUUCCUAGAUGAUUAUUUUAUUUAUCUUAUGAGGCUUGUAUAAAGACAUAUCAGGGUCCAGAUGACAGCACAUGUGUCAUGCCAUAAAAGUAACAUAUUAUAUAUCAUGAAACAUA